ACCAGCUUCAACUCCCUCCCGACGUCAACCUUCCAUCAUGUCUUGGCAAACGUACAUUGAUCAGAGCCUCCUUGGCUCGGGCCACGUCUCCAAGGCUGCCAUUCACGGCCACGACGGCAACCCCUGGGCCACCUCGGCUGGCUUCAACGUCACUCAGGAAGAGGCUGUGGCAGCGUUCCGCGGCAUUGCUGACCCUGGACCUCUGACCAUGUCGGGCAUCAAGCUUGGUGGCCAGAAGUACAUGUUCCUCCGCAACAACGACGGCCGUUCCGUCUAUGGCCGCAAGGGUGGUGAUGCCGGCUGUGUUGUUGUCAAGACUGGCAAGGCCAUUGUCAUUGGUAUCUACGAGGGUGGUCUCCAGGCUGGUGCCUGCGCCAACGUUGUGGAGUCGCUCGGUGACUACCUCAUCAACGCCGGCUUUUAAAUUUGAUUGACCUCUCAUCCCACCUUGCCCCUAUCCCCUUUGAUUGUGUUUUUACCUCGCGUUGCCCAGUGCUUCCAUCCCCUUUUUGAAAAUUUCCAAAGAAACUUGCUUCUUCUUUUCUGUCAGUCAUACCUUUGCCGAUAUCAGUCCACUGCUUCUGUUGGGUCAGCCCUGCUUUUCCUAGCUGCCAGUGCUGAAUGCCAUUUUUUAGCUGGUUGUUCCGGUUGAGUCAGGUUGCGACAGUUUGAUUUCCAAGAAUUCGAAACCGAUGUAUUUUU